AAGUCUCCAGGAAUUGCUCCAUGAUGAUUACGAUUACCCCAAUUAUCCUGUUUGCCACCCGGCGCGGAGAACAAGUCAGUGUGGGAAAACAAAGCUGGUGAGUAAAGCAACUGCACCCUUGUUAUUUUGAAUCUGUUUACAACUACAAAGAGUCGUCGAAACUAUGCCUAUUUUCGCGGCACUCGGGGCUAUUGCGGCAGCCGUCGCAACUACUGCUGCUGGUGUCGGUGUUCUUGGUGCUGGCGUUACUUAUGCUGCGAGCAAAAUUAGUGGGGCUCUUGGCGGCCCAGAGUUUCAUAAACCAGUUUUUUCGACGGUCGGGCACGCGAUCCAUAGUGUCGGCCGUGGUAUCGGAACUUUGUUCAGCAAGGGGGAUUUCGGAAAGGGGUUUGACGAAGUGUGGAACGAUUGCCACACUUACAAUGAGAAGGGGGGCAUCCAGUGGAAGACGGGGGAAAAAAAGGUGGAGCACCGACUUUGGAGUUCAUCCACUUGGCAUUCCUAUUCGGAGCGCUGCUUUCAUCUGCAAGAGGAAUUCGAGAAGAAGUUGAAACAGUGCUUGUACGAGAAGAAAAGGGAAGACGAUUUCAAAGAAGAGUCGUGCAGCGAGGAACUUAUAAAGAAGCAGAUCAAGUAUGUAGCCGAGCUAUCCCAGUGAAAAAUCCCCCCUGGUCCCUACAUCAAAAACAAAAUUUCUGAUGCUAGACCUAGAUUUGCGUAAGUUGUGCACAGUCUUGCUGCAAGGAAGUGCAGCCAGACCCCCGGUCUGUUUGGGAACGUAAAAACGGUCUAGCUGUUUAGCAUGGGAAACGCCUGGCCUGCAGGCCCAAAAGCAUGAAGAAUCGCCUCCAUAAUGCGGCGCAUAAGUACGACUUCAGCGCUUGAUGCCUUCUUGCAAGACAGAAACGAUUUGCGACCGCAAAUCUGCGUCGCAAGUUUUCAGAAGAAUGCCUUCUCAAUAAUAUGGGGAGGGGGGAUUUUUCCUCACAAUACGAGGAGCAGCAGAGGGUGAGCGACAGCCGGAUUCUUGAACGAGCACAACGGAGAAGAAUGGGAAGCUUCCGCUUUCGACAGGAGAUAAAUGGCGGGAAUGGUAAUGGUGCUGAGGGUGCAUCAACCUCUCACCACGUCCAGCGGGAGAGCGUGGGGGGUAAGGUGUUGCAGAAAGCCGCACAGCUGACGGAAGCAACGCACGAGCACCGGCUGCAGGCGGACUUGGUGGACGAUCCGAACAGCGAGAACCCGUGGCAGCAGGGCCGCGCCACCUUGUCCUGGAGUGGCGGCACCUACCGCAGCCUCUCCGACCUGCUGCAGCUGGAGCCGGCGACCAGCACGGGAAAGGGACAGGAGUCCUCCGCCCCCACGCUCAGCCACAAUGGUUGGUACCCGCGCGGCAGCCUGCUGGACUCAGCCAAACGCACGACGCAAGAAAGCCUCUACGCGGCCGCAGCCAAGGCAAAAAUUCCUGCUCCCGCGGUCAUGUCUCUCGAGCAGUACGAAACGGCGUUGACCGCGCAGAAAGAGCAGUGCUACCAGGAGUUUGGCUGUCCGCUAACGCCACCAGCAGGUGAUUCGGCCACCGCGCACAGGGACGAUUGCUACGACGCUGACAUGGGAAUGUGGACCUAUUACGGGCCGAAAGAAAUAAGACAAAAGGUUGGAGAAGACUUUCGCACGGGUCAGCCAGUAUUUGGGAUGGGACCAUUCCUAAAGAACAAGCACGAUUGUCGUUCCUGCCGUGUCGCGAUGCAGAGGUGCGAAGACAAAAACAGCAGCGGCCGCGUGCGGCUGCCGCUCAUUGUGCCAGCACCUGCCCCUGCUGCACCUGCCCCCUCGCCUGCUGCACCUGCCCCCUCCCCUGCCACGGUUGCUCCAGCCGAUAUCACGCACUCAGUCGCGGACAUUGUGCAGUAUGUGCCUGACCAGGUGGCGGCGAAGAUGCCCCUGAAGCCGAACUUAUCAAUUGCAAAUAUGUCUGGCUCGGGGAGAUUGCGCGGUUUGUGUUUGUCAUGCUGCUCUGGCAUGACUCUGAAUUCUGUAUUGCGUGGCCGCAAAGGGCCCCUCUUGCCUGUCAUGCAAAAACGCAGUUUCUCAUGCGUGGUAAGCAACUCAGAACCACGGAAAAACUACUUGUCAUGCUUUGCAGCGCAUGAAUGCAGUGCGCUCACUAUUCGCUUCCUCGCAUCACCAGUUCAUCCCAGACCCACGACAUUUUUGCAUUGCAUAGAGCUUGCUGUUCGACAACUUGGUGUUCGAGAAGUAUGUGCGCGCGACCGUCUUGCAGCCGAUGAAGGAUCUGGUCGGCGGGGCCCUGCACACACACACGCACCGGAUGCUGAGUGAGCUGCUCGGAGAAAAGUUCGCCAAGGCCGUCGCGACUUACGUGGCCGCGUCCGAAGACCGGCUCACGGGUCAGCUGGAUUUGGACGCGUACGUGUGUACGGUGCCGGAACAGAUCCGAAAUGCUCUGGCGGACGGUCGGGACCCGGAACUGGUGAUGACGGUGCAUCGGCUGUUGGAAGACGCGGACAAGUUUUUCCUGCGGGAGCUGUUUGCGGCCGAACUGGUGUUCGGGCGGGGGAAGCAGCACGCGGGCACGCUGCGCCGGCUGGCGGCGGAGGAGGUGACGGGCGUGUCCUUCCUCGGGCACGCCGGGGUGCGCGACUGGGUUGCGCUGGUGUCCGCGGGCGACACGGCCGGCGGGCGGUUUCUGACCCGCAAGAGCGCCGAGGCGAUGGCCGAGGUGCGGUUCGACCGCCGGCACGAUUUGGUGGACGCGCAGGAGGUCAGUCUCAGCCGCUGGCGGCUCCAGCCCUUCGGCGCGGACAGCACGGGUGCGCAACUGGUGGCCGUGCAGAACGGCUACGGCUUGGCGAACGAUUUGAAGGGCGGGGAGCAUGGGGGCGCCAAGCAGGGGCUGGGACAGCUUUUGGUCGAUGGCGUGGGCGACCCUGGGAACCAGGUCGGCGCGCAAGUCACGAAGUAUGGACUGCCCUGGCUCACGACCGAGCAACACCAGCCGGGCACGCUGUUCCGCCUCCUGCGCGCGGAUACUAGCGGGUGCGGCGCGGAGGGGGGCGGGGGCAUGCUCUUGGGGCUGCAGCGGCUCACCGACGGCCAGCUCACCCGGUUCGGCGAGCCGCUCCACGUCGGCGCGCGGGGCGCCACCACCCCCGCCGUGUACGUGCGCAGCGCGUGGAGCUGGGCGGACCCGGCCCACCCCGCCACCGCCGCCACCCACGAACGGCUCGUCGACACGCGUCCCACACUGCCCGCCCUGCGCCCCCUCGCGGACUACGCCGCCAAGCACAAGCACUUCCUCCCCGAGCUGCUCCCGUCGAGUCCCAGUGUGCCCGCCGCCUUUGCCUUGAUCGACUUCCCAGGCGCUACGGAACAACCGGGGACGAAUCCGAAGGUGAGACGGCUGGGCUUCACCGGAGGAUCGGACGAGUUGCAAUGGCAGGAGGUGGAUCUGGCAGGCGGGUCGUUCACCACUUUGCACCACGCGUCCUGGCUGGUCCGCCGGGUCGGCGCCUCUCACGGCGGCGCCGGCUACGAGCUGCAGGCACUGAGCCGGCAGCGGCCCGACCUGUGCCUGCUCCGCCACGUGCCGGGGGGAGAGGGUUCGAACUCGAAGAUACCAAAUGUGGAGUGCGCGCCGCGUCAGUGGCGGCGCAAUCCCGAGAGCGCCGCUUCGCCGGACGCCACCUGGGAGCCGCAGCGUCUCUCCGCGACCACCGUGAAGUUCACCGCCGGCACCUCGGCCAGAACCGGGUCCGACUCGGACAAGCUGGCGGCCUGCCCCCUUCGAAGUGACGCGCACAACCGGUGCGGUCCGCAGUUCGAACACCGCGUGUGCCGGUCCGCGCUGAACAGGGGCAUGCUCGCGGUCUGCGACCUGUAUGGCAAGGUGGACCCCGCCAAGAAGGAUUACUGUACCGUGGUGAAUGUGAAAGGCGACCUGACUGUGAAGGAGGAAUACGAGACGCCGAAAGGUGGGGACAAUGCCGGGCGAGAUACCAAAGUGCUCUUGCCUGGCACGCGCUACGACUCCAACACGCUGCCCGAGCACUGCUACGACCCAAAAUCGCCGCAAUAUGACGCAACGUUUCGGCGGCGGCUGGACUUCGACGAGAUCACAGAAGUGGCACAGAGUAACUCACUGGACGGCUGGCAACGAAACGACAACAUGCGCUAUCAAGGUAUCUACAACAAGACGGAGUACGCCGACCUACCUCUCUUUGAUGUUCCCAAGAAGGCAGAUGAGAAAAACCCGUUGCUCUUUCGCGGAACUACCGUGCGGGAUCCUGACACGCUAGACAGCCGGGACGAUCGGUACCCGUGCGCCAUUGCUGUGCCGGAUUUUCAUCAGGACAAGGAACACAGUUGGUGGAAGGUCGAGUUGAAGAGCUCGCAUUUUGUCCCGGACAUCCGCAUUUACAACCGGGAAAAAGUUCAAAAUGCAGAAAAUUUACCAGAGGCAUUUUCAAAGGCAACAGAGCGGCUUUCCCGCGGGGGGGUACAGCUCCAGGUGACGAAUAACGAGGCGGGAGAUGGUCGAAGGUGGACAACGAUUGGCGAUGACUCCGAUUGGGAGGAUGUGACGGACGCGGGCAAGACUUUUCGCGUCGGACAAAACGUGCACGCGAUCAAGAUUUUCAAGCCGAAUUUCGAGCGCGCCGGGGGCAAAAAGGACGGCGCCAUCCUCAUGCUCUGCGGAGUGGAAAUUUCGACUACCACCCCCCGGGACGUGGCAAGCGCCCCGGCCAGCGCCCGGGCCGAAUUCCGGGCCACGCUACUCCCACUGCACGUUAUCCCGGAGCGCCCAGUCCUGCUCUGCAGCGACCGGACCCGGCUGGCCUGUCUGCGGCGCAACUUCUUGGAUGGGGCCUUCCUGCAGAAACAGGGCGAACCGGGGUUGCAAGUAGGUGCCCACGAAAACGAUUCCGCGCAGUGGUACGUGCAGCCCAUGCUGCGAGAGCCGCAGGCCGGUACAAGCGCGGGCAAGUUACCGGUUGAACUGGUCUACAAGGUGCGGCGCACGAGUGGCGGGGAGGACGUCUGGUCAGAUGCGCUGUUUGCCAGCAAUGACCAGUUCGCGACGACCAAGUCAAACGCCGAUGUGACAGAUGUCUUGCUUCCGCACUACCAGUGGCGCAUCCACCACGACGGGGAACAUGGUGCGUUGACUUUCGAGUCCGUAAAGUUUCCGAGCCGCUUCCUCGACAUCAACGAGAGUGACGGCCUGAAGCUCGUUGAGAAGCAAAGCAACCCCCUCGCGCCCCUGCCUUCGACCGCCCAUUGGCAUGUUGUCCCGUACCACUACUACCACGACUACGCGCACUUCCAGUUUUCUCCGGCCGCCGGGGGCUAUCUGGGGCCCGAGAGCUUUCGACACCAGUUUGCCAAGUACACGCUCUCGCUAAGUUUUCUUCCGACUGACGCACAAGCUCAGCUGGAAAAUGUGAUCAUCGAGCCGGACAUUGAGAACCAGGGGUUUCGAUUUCGCGUGGACACCGGAGACGAUAAAGUUUCGUAUUUGUCGUUGCGGUAUCCACCCUGCAAAUGUGCCUGGGUCUGGAAGACGAUUGCAAAAAUUUACAAGGCUCAACUUGUAUACUCUCUCCGCACUUCUGUAGUGGAUGCUCUUCACACUGCGGAACGUUUCUCGUUCUCUGUAUAUGCAAAAAAGCAGCUUCUGCUGAUGUUAUGCAAAAAGGCAGGUUUGCAUGACAAACUGUUGAGCGGUGAUGUCGGACAAAACCGCUCAACAGUUUCUCAUCAGUGGCUGCUACUCGCGUCAGUGUGGGCUUCCUCUGUCAAUAGCAUGACGACCUUCCAGACCCAGAUCGAUAUUUGCAUUUGAUAUGCGGACGGAAGACGGGGCGUGUGUCUUCGACGAGAUCGGCCCCGUUGUCGAACAGGGUGCCGACGCAGUGCCCCAGUUGACUGGGAUGGAAGAAACGGUGUGGCGGGUCCGGCACAUGGCGGGGAGGACAGCAGAUGAACACGCUUCUGAGGAAAACCGCUUUGUCUUACAGUCCAGCUUCGCUGCGAACGGGGGGUGCGUGCAACUCGACGAGAAUGGGGAGUCCACGGUUUCGUCGGCCAGCUUCCUGGCGUACGACAUGCAAAAUGGAAAGUGGUACCUGGAAGCGGACUUUGAGGGGAACUCCAAAGCCCACUGGAAGAUCGAGGAGACCUAUGCAAUGCAAAAGUAAUAUCGUUCCUUGUACUGGUAAUAAAUGAUUAUAAAGAUGUUUUGCUGCGUGCUCCUACUCCGCUUGCAGCAUGAACAUGACAGAUCGUCUUUUUUCGGUACCGGAAUCAGCAGAACUCCGUUUAUUUUGCUUUUUGGAUAAUAAAAUUCAAAUUGUAUUCUAAAAUUUUCAGUACUAGUUCGGUAGACUUUUGCACUGCAUAAGAGCACACACACGAGGAUUGAUUUCAAAGACGAGGCGCUCGUGAAGGAGCAAACGAACUUCCUCGCGACCGACAAGGGGUGGGUGCUGAGUUACAGUGAGCGCGCUAUCUUGGAAGAUGAAAAUGAAUGGCCGAGAGGAACGUUGGAGUCGUUCUUUAAUAACGAAGUCGAGGGGUUGACGAUGAAGGAAUUUGAAGAAUCCAAGGAAGCGAUCAACGCCCAGUUUCAGACGGCUACCGCAGAACCGGUGACCACCACGGAACCGGUGACCACCACGGAACCGCCGACCUCCGCGAGUCCACCUGCACCCUCCGCCGACCCACACGAUGAAAUGGGAGCAGACGUGGGAGACCAUGGUAGUCUCGAGGAAGGCAGCAGUACUUUACAAGAACAACCCAGAGGUCCGGGAGGCGCUAAUCCUUCAAGUUCCUUUCUCUCUUUCUGGCAGCGCGUGGAAAAAGCGGAACCCGCAGCGGCCGCGGUUGUUCCCAAUUUGUCGUCAUCGUCGUCUUCGUCCCUCCCCCCCGGACUUCCUGUCCUGUUGCAGCCGGGAAGCCGGAGCGGGAAAAAUAAAUCAUUCUCCGCGGGAUCGGUAAAAUCGAUCAAGGCAGGAACAACGAAGAGCCGCAUCGCGAAGCGGCAGUCCCUAUCAAAAGCAAAAAUCCCCCCUCCCCAUAUCGAAAAGGUAUGUUUCCGCAAAUUUGUGUUGCUGAUUUGAGAUCGCAAAUCACAUUUGUAUUGCAAGAAGACAAGGGCAGAAGCUUCCGCCCCACUAUGGAAGCGAUUUGCCAUGCUGUUGGGCCUAAAGGGGAGCCGCUUGCCAUGCUGAACAACUAGACGCGUGCGCCCCUACCUAGCCUGGGGAUCUGACUGCAGUGCUUUCCUGCAAUACAAACCUGAUUUGUGUACUCAAAUCCAGCAUCAGAAGUUUCGUUUUGAUGUGGGGAGGGGGGAUUUUUCCUUUCGAUAGUCCCGGGCGGCGAUCCGGCUGGGGUCCGUGCAGAUGCGGCCCUAUCAAGUGUAAAAAUGUCUGGGUCUGGAAGAAUUCAUGUUUGUCAUGCUUGUCUGGCAUGACUCUUAAAUCUGUUAUGCAAGUUGCCCAAGAGCGCCGUUUUUCUGUGAUGCAGAAGCGCAGUUUGUCAUGCAGAAUAGGCAACACCUAGGAGGUCAGAAACUUGUCAUGCUGAGCCAGCAUUUGUAGCCUCAUCAUGAGACGCCACCCAGCAUCACAAGUUUCCAGACCCAGACAUUUUUACUUUUGAUAGGCCCUACCAGGCAACCACGGCCGCCGGUCCGUACGCGCUGGCGUCCCCGGGGUUUCCGACGCUGGACCCGCAGGUGGUGCAGUGGGGCGAAUUUCUACAGCUGCUCGCCUGCUUCCUGGUCGUCUUCCUCCUCGUGGCUGGCAUGCUCGUGCACGCCUACCGCAAGUUCUGCGCCGCCGGGCCGCGCGCGGGGGGCAGCUCCACGGGUACAAUAUGACAGUGCACAACCCUCCCUCCCCCUCAUUUGUCAUGCAAUAUACCCAAUCCACCCUUUGCCUCUUGGCGUUGUUUGCAUGACAAGUUCUGGUAGCCCGAAUGGCACUACUCUCCAGUGGAAAUUUUUCAUGCAAAACCGGCAUUCUUGCUGAUGCUUGUAUUGCCGUUCAUGCUAUGUAUACAAAUGGGGGACGAGGGGGAGUUGUGCACUGUCAUAAACAAGUCGGGGGUACUACAACCAGCGGCACUACACUCCACGGGAGUACCGCGUGGUCAGCAGCGACGAGGACACUGGGGGUGACUGUCUCUUCCACGAUAUCCUGAGGAAAAGCGUGGUUGUUUCCAUGCAAAGUCAGGUUGAAAGGACGAUCUCUGCAACACAAAUUCUCAAGGUCGUGUGGGAAGCACGCAUGAAAUAAGUCUGUAUCUGCAGUAGAAGUGCAUGGCUGGUUAGCAAGGCCAGCCGUAUCACAUAGGCGUGUGCAGCGAAUAUCCUUUCUACAGCUUUAGAAAUGCCAAAACGCGACUAAAAAUGACUCGCAUGGGGAUGCGCAUUGCAAAUGUUCAUGUAGAUGCGAACCAAUCUGCGUGACAAGAUCUGUGGGGUGGCAACGUUUUUCCUUGGGAUACGCAAGGGCGACGCGCUGCCCAUUGCGGUGCUGGAAACCUCUUCCGCGCUUUUGCAGCGGGGCAAGGACGAGAAGCGGCCCGUGAAGCUGGGCAGCUGGAGCUACGGAACGUUUGGCGCGACCUCGUCCGGCGCCACGAACAGCGACACAGCAGUGUUGGGCGUGGAGGAAAAUCAAAGUGGUUUACACAUCAGAAGCGCCUCAACAUCUGCUUCCGGAGUAGUUGAGAAUUUCCAUGCCCCUGGCACCGGCUUCUCCUCGGCGCGGUCUUCGCCGACCUCUUUGCCUUUUUUCGCCUCUUUUUUCGGACAGCAAGCGGGAGAAUCUUCGUCCAGUCAGUCAUCGCAUGAUAGAUUUCUGGAGAUCCAAGGGGAGGCGGUGAACAGCGAGAAGUUACUUUCGACGGAAAUAACUGCAAAGGACACCGUUUCAUCCCCGACACCACCGGCAGGCGGGCUCUUGUCAACGCUGGUGGGAAAAAUUAUCACAGGGGAAACAAGUCUUGGAGUAAAGGUGGAGCAAGACGACGGCCACAGGCGAGGACCCUCGGCGCAACAAGGAGCUCCUACAGGAAGAACCAGUAGCGAAGAUCAUUUCGAGAAGAUCGCGACACCUGGGGACGAUGAACUGGACAAUUACUGCAGGAGCCCGUAUUUGAAGAACGGGGAUUUGGAAUACCUCGCGGCACCCGAGUACAACAAUUACGAGUAUCUCGACACGGAUGAGGAAGACGAAGAGGAAAUCAUCCUCCAAGUCGCGGCCGCCCGGGCGAAGCGGAAAAACCAGACAUAAAUUUUUUUGCGCCGAUAAUGCGUCAAUCCUGAAUUAUCAUCAGGGCAGCAGGCCUACUUACUCUGCCGCGCCUCGUAGGAGUGAGUAGUACCGACCCUGGCUCGAAGUCCUCGUCUUACAUAUACUGCCUAUGCUACUUGGCAAAAAGGUUUGAUUGAUGGUAACGCGUGAAACUUUCUAAAGUUUCAAAUCACAUACAUUAAGCACACGAGAUUGUAUUUCAUAAGUUUUUUCCAUGUUUGAUUACACAUCAGAGCACAAAAUUCAAAGCAUGUAUUCACACGCACAUACACGAUAAAGUAUCUAAUCUAGUUUUUUUAUCAUUUUGCGCAGCACAUACAAUAUUUUUUCUUGAUGCUGAUGUUUCGCCAGCAACAUACAAAAAGAAAGAACCCACAGAGAAAAUUAAAGUUCCAAGAAGAUCAGGACUCACUGCGGCUGCUGCUGCGCCUUGUAUCCCAAGGUGCCAAAGUGCAACGCGAUGCCUGAUCACCACACUGGUAACCACGCUGGUAACUACCUCAGUAGUAAGCUAGACGAGUACUUUCACGAUGAAUGACACGGAAAUUUUUGUUCGUGCAUAGGACAUUUUAUAGAAAGUAACACCCCGAGGAACCGAAAUUGAUUUGAAUUACAUUUUUCACAAGUGGCGCAAAUGCGCACGACCCUUUGCUUUCCGCAUUUCUGUGUGGAGAUAUUUAUACUCGCAAAGUGAAGAUCCUUGC